GGGGUUUGUCGGAAUACGGAUAGGAAAGGUUUAUUUGGCCAUCAGAUUCAUCGAGAAUCCAAGCAAACGUUUCGUAGGUGGUUUGGCAGUGAGCUAGAGACUUUAUUUUUAUCCUACAAGUGGCAGAACGCGACCUUCUGCUUCUAAGUACAGCGUUGACGCCUUUGGCUUGUUUAUCGAAAAAGUCAGCAGAUCAGAGCUGAUCCCGGCUUUGUCCAGAUCACAGCUGGCUUGUGGAGGAUGCCCAAAGAACCCAAUGAGUCAUCAAAUGAAGAGGGAAAGAAGGUCGACGCUAAAGGGUCAGAAGAUUCCACAGGCCGGGAAGAUGCAUCAGAAGAGCUGGUGCGGAAAAGAAUCCGAACGAACACGCCGAGUCCUCACCGACAGACUCCUCCGUCCAGCCCGUCCAAGUUCGUGUCCGUGGAGGAGCUGAUGGAGACGGCUAAAGGCGUGACUAACAUGGCGUUGGCUCACGAAAUCGUAGUGAACGGUGGCUUUAAAAUCAAACCCGCUGAACCUGCUGAGGGAAGUUUAGAGAAACAAGUUAAGGAAAUUGUUCACAAGGCAUUCUGGGAGUGUCUUAAAUCCCAGCUGAACGAUGACCCGCCUGUCUAUGAGCAUGCUAUCAAACUGGUUGGGGAAAUUAAAGAGACGCUGCUGUCCUUCCUGAUGCCGUACCAGACACGUCUGAAAGCACAGAUCGAGGAGGCGCUGGACCUAUCACUCAUCCAGCAGCAGGCGGAGAACGGAGCACUGGACAUCAGCAAAGUGGCUCAAUUCAUCAUCAACACCAUGGGCGCCUUCUGCGCACCAUGUAGAGAUGAAGAAGUCCGCAAGCUCCGGGACAUCACAGACAUCGUGCAACUUUUUAGGUCUAUUUUUGCAGUGUUGGACAAAAUGAAGAUCGACAUGGCCAACUUUGCUGUCAGCAGUCUCCGGCCGCACCUGCUGCAGCAUUCAGUGGAGUACGAGAGGAACAAGUUUCAGGAUUUUCUCAACAAACAGCCUUCUGCUCUGGACUUCACUCAGAAGUGGCUGCAGGAGUCGGCGGACUCGGUGGUCAGAGGUGCUGAAGGCGGCGCUACGAGCUCGCCCGUCUCCUCCUCACAGCUGCUGCUCCACGUGCACAACCAUGCCUAUUUACGACUGCUGCACUGGGAGCACGGCAUAGACACAUUCCCAGAGACGGUGCUGAUGGAUCGUGGCAGGUUUCUGGAGAUGCAGUUGGAGCUGGAGCGCUUGACGUUGGUGGCGUCUGUGCUGCUGAUCGUGUAUAACAGCGCGGGGGAGGCGAUCUCCGGGCUGCCAGGGCUCAUGGACACGCUGAAGAACACAGUCAGGAUCCUGCUGGCUGACAUGCACACACCCUCUUUUAAAGCAGACGAGACGUUCACCGCCAUUGGGGAGAAGUUGUGUUUGGAGCUGGGGGAAUGUCUGACUCAGCAUGGCUUCUCUCCUUUUCACCCAGACCGACAGAACACUCUGAAAGGCCAGAUCGCAGCUGUCAAGUCCCAAGAUAACCCCAUCCGUAAACUCGUCGAUUCUCGGAUCCAGUCCUACCUCCUGGGCUUCUUGGAACCGGGUCCUAACAGGAGCCUGCCGGCUGUUCCCGGAGGUCUGGUUCCUAUCAGUAAAGAACUGGAGGAAAUCGGGAUCAGACUGAGCCACCUGGUGAACUUCAACAAGCUUGUCUACUCGCCAUUCUAUCAGAAACUCCUACAGGACGUGGUUCAGGCCGAGGGAAGCUCGGCCACUUAGGCAACAUCGAACAAAAUGGACGACGAGAACGAACCGGGCAGCCUUCCGUAGGGUCCUAGGAACGACUGGGUUAAUGGAUUUGCCGAUUUUUUCUCCCCCAAAGCUCACCUGCUGUCAACGCUAGCAAAGGAUUUAUACCACUGAUUAUAUUCAUGUACCAUGUAUUUCUUGCCAUUAUCUUAUCAGGGAUCAUUCAGUUGACUAAAGAAUUGGUAUUGGGGAAAAAAAUGUAUACAAACUUAUUUUUCAUUUUCAGUCGAGUAUAGUCGAACAGACUUGUGAAUUUUUCGAUAUAGGAAAGCAAGCAUGAAGCAUGAUGCUGUUGCUAAGCAACUGGGAAUAAGCUAGCUAUUAACCGAGGAUACCGGCUCAGCUAGCUAGGAUGUACCCGAAAAGGACAGCGUCAGACUACAGGCUGAAUAUCGUCUCUGGAUUCUAUCAUGUCGAGAAAAACCUCAACCUUGAAAUUCCUAGCUACCGGGUCAUUUUGGACUUCUUGGAAAUCUGACUAAACCUGGCUUUUCAGAAGUCUUCUACACUUUAAAGAGCCACUGAGAUAAAAUGCUGCCAUGGAUUAUUACAUAGAGGACAUGAGAUAUUAAGUUGAGGGCUCCAGACCUGUUGCAGCCAAACGAUUGAGAGAGAAAUCGGUUCAAUUAGACCAAGGCAAUUGUGGGAAACUAAUAACACAGAUGAAUAUGGUUAAAUAUUACACUGUAAUCUGGGAACCGUCUAGACUCUCUGGUGUUGUCAUCUUGUGCAGUUUCUCCAAAACUUGAGCUCCAGAGUAUAUUCAUUCGUGGGCAGUAAGUCGCCCAGUUCAUGACCAGGAUUUUGGUAUCUCAUGACCCUCAGUAAUAAUUUGUGGCUUAUUACAAAACAGCAGCUUCUGCUAAAACAAUCUAUCUGGGUUGUUUACUAAGACCCCUCCCCCCACACACACAUACACACCCCUUUGUCGAUGAAGUACUGUAAAUGUGAUUUCUUCAUAACUUCCCUGUACAACCGUACAUUAUUAUAUUUUUAAUCAAACUCACCCACAUUACAUCCUGGUGUAUAAACCGAGAAAUCUGCCUUUCUUUUCUUUCUUUUUUAUUGUUAUAAUGAUUAUAAUUAUAAUGUGUGUGAUGGUGUACAGAAACUGACUGGUGCCUUACUCAGUGGAGGGCUGGCCUCGGUUAAAUGUGUCCUGCUCUCAUACCCUGUUUAGUUUAGUUUUUCUUUUGUGUGUGUGUGUGUGUGUGCUGGUUGUAAUCGUUCCACAUUUCCGGAAAAAGGAGACCCUGAGUAGUCUUUUUAAACCGCUUCAUUUUUUUUCUAGAGAACAUUUUUACGCAUGUUUUACACAGAGGUCAUGUUCACAUUGCUCUUUGUGUCUCUGUCCCACACUGUUACAAUGCAGUAUUUAAAGCGAGAGAAGAGAAAGAAUUCUUCUUUCAACAACUUUAACUAUAUAAAACGGACUUUGACACACGUGAACAACUGACCCGUUGCUCUGCGAUGUAUAUUCUCGGUCUCACUGGAGUCAUUAGGAUCCAGUAGUGUUUAAGACGGGGCCAAGACAUUAAAGGCGAUGGUGUAUUUAACUGUUCCUGUAGCAUUAUAUUUACCAAACUGUGUGUUCAUGAGACACGUUUUGCAACAGACACCGAGUCUAUUCGCAGUUACAUGCUGUAUAGGUGUUUCUGCUUAUCAUCACUGUGUACCAUAAACGUGUCAGAAUUUCACCUUAUCUUUAACCCAACAGCUUUCCUUAAUAAACUGGACUGCAACCAA